CAGCUAUUUCAUUGUUACCCUAAUAUAUGAACAAAAAUUAAGAACAAAAUAGAGACAUGGAUAACGACAGAGACAGGGACUCACUCAAAAUGACAAAUGAGUCAAUGACACAGCACGCCCGUCACCUCCCUCCGGCUGCUCCAGCUCCACCACAUUAAAGCUCACACAGAAAGAAGAGAGAGAUGAAGUUUUAUGAAUAUAACACUCUGACCUUCUUCUUGUCUUAUCACAGACAAAUCUCUCACGUUCCUUUUUCCUCAUCCAAACCUUUAUCUAUCUCUUCUUCAGCACCAUCUCUUUACUGUAUGGGUUGUCGAGAUAUUCUGCUGACUUUCUCCGUUGCUCUCUUACUCAUCUCUCUGUUUCAGAUCUGGCUUUUCCGGGAAGGACAACUCCGGGAACGGUCAGAAGACAGCCAGGUUGGAAAAGACGGGAAUACCCUCGCCUCUAAGAACAAGAAGGACGAUGAUGUUCAACGUCUCUUCCAAAGGUACUUCAAGGAUCUAAACGAUAGCAACCGUCGCUUUGAAGAUUCCUACAGACAGAUCCCUAGCUCCCCAGAUCGCCUCCACAACUAGCUAGUUCCUUAAGUUUUUUUUUUCUAUUCCUUUAUUUUCUUCCAUCUUUUCGACUCUUAUUGUCCAAAUUAUCCUUGUUUUUUUACCUCACUUGUUAAAGUAUGUAUUCUUAAAUAAGAGAAUUUUGGUAAUUCACAUUUGAAUGACAAUUGUUAGCCAUUGUGUAUAUCAAAAUCGUUUUUUUUUUAUCA